GCGGCCAGGUUUUUCUCCUGCUCUCCAGGCAUUAAAAGGUGGGCCAUCACCUGAACGUAAGCGCAGGAGGAUUCGGGUCCCUGCAGGGAGCUCAGGCUGGGCUGUUGGCUGCCCUCCGUUCUGCCCGCUCUGCUGCUGCCUCCCUUCCCUGGCUCCACCGCUUGCCUCUGGCCGGUGGGCCUGCCUUCCACGCUCCUUCUUGCAGGCCAUCGCUGCCACGUUGAAGGGGCACGAGCGGCUCCCUUUAUCCGCCUGAGCCAAAGACACAGCCAGUUUAUCCCACUCAGGCCGCCUGGACGAAGCCGCUGCCUGGCUGACCUCCACUCUCUUUCUCUCUCCUGCAUUGGGGGGCAGAACAUCCGGAGCUGCUAGAAAACUGGGCACCAGCACUUGGGGGGCAUCCAUCCACCAAGGUAGACUGCUGUGAACUGGGAAGUUCUGCUCCAGCUCUCGGAAUUCCAGAAGGGCUCCCCAUCUUUCAGAGGAGGAGAGAUGCCCAGACCGCCUUCCUCGGAUGACAGCUUGCAGUUUCUCGUGCUUGAAGGAAAUGGUUGGCAACCCAGACACUGAUCUGCAAAGCCUGGGCCGAGUCUUGGCCAGCAAACCCCUCCUCGUGCCAAUCGUGGCUUGAUGGGAAGCCGACUUGUGUGGGAUUGGCCUCCCCAGGGAGGCCUUUGACAGAAGCUUGUUUAGCAGCUUUGUGGAAUAUCCGGUCAGUGAAGAAGAGAGAGAGAGAGAGAGACAAGCCGAGUCUCCAUUUCCAGUUUUUGUUCCAAAACCCACAAACUGGGCCACGUGGCUGCGAGGGCCCCCACUCUUUGCCCUCCCCUGAGUGGCCUCGCUCUGUGCGGCCCCCGCAGAUCCUCCUGUGUCCCUCUGUAAAGCUGGACCCUCCACUGGGGCAGAGAGAGCCCAGAGGCCGGCCUCUUCCUCCGCCGCUCCCAAAGAGGUGGGAUGGGGCUGGCAGGGGCCUCCGGAGCUGUUCGGUCCCACAGCCAUCCGGGUGCCAAGAGCAGGCGGCAACGUGCGCAGCUUCUAGCAAGGGCUGGGCAGCUCUGAAGCCCACGCUGCCAGCAGCCGCCGCCACCGCCACGGAGUAGCGACAACAAGGGAGCUUGCUAAAGGAGCCCAAGCCGGAGACGGAGCUGCAGGAAGGAGGCGCAGAGAGUGACUGAGGCUUCGCCGGCUGGGAGUGUGGGAAGCUCAGCUCCUUCCUGGCCUGCUGGUGGACAGAUUUGCUGCGGGACAUUGGUCGUUGCAGACCUUCUGAGCCGGAGGAGGGGGCUCUGGCAUCCCGAGAGGCGAGAGGCAGCAGCGGUCUUCUCCCAGCCCCCGAGACUCUGGGGCUCUUCUUGUUCGAGGCCAAAUCCUCCGUCGGCUUUUGUGUCGUGCAAGAAGGGGGUUUGGAGGUUGCCUUGGCCCACCCUCCUGCUUUGCCCUCCCCCUCUUCGGCCCUCCUGGCAGCUCUGCUCCUGGGCAGCCUUGCCACUUUCUUCCCAUUCCUGGGAAGAGGGUAGGACUUGGGGCAGGGAGGGCCAGAGAUGCCUCUCCGGCCUCAGGGCUGGACAAGGGCCAGCCAGACCCAAAGGUCACCUGUCAGACCAGGAGAGCUGCCCGGCUGUGCCAUGCCAAGGAAGAGACGGGUCCCCUUACGGAGCUGGCCGGAGCUCGUAAAUCAGGAGGAUCGGCUGGCGGCUGCGAGGAUGAGCACCGGAGAGGGGUCUCCUUUGGACUGCUGAGGCUCCCUCCACCCUCCCCGGCUGGCAGCUGCCUUCCUAGAAGCCAUGGAGCCGCACCACCCAUCCGACCAAGAGGAGAGUUCUCGGGAUUCCCCGCCGGAAAGGACUGGGCAGAGACGUGGCAUGCCGGGUGGGGCUCUGGAGAAGAAUCCCAGCAUGGAUCUGGCAGCCACCACCCCGUUCCGGGUCACGGGCUUCCUCAGCCGGCAGCUGAAGGGCUCCAUCAAACGGACCAAGAGCCAGUCCAAGCUCGACCGGCACAGCAGCUUCCGCCACGUCCUCCCGGGCUUCAGGAGCACCGACCAUGAGAGAUCCCAUCUAAUGCCGAGGCUGAAGGAGUCACGUUCCCACGAGUCACUGCUCAGCCCUGGUAGCGCGGUGGAAGCCCUGGAUCUCAGCAUGGAGGAGGAAGUGGUCAUUAAGCCUGUGCACAGCAGCAUCCUCGGCCAGGAUUUCUGCUUCGAGGUGACAACAUCGUCUGGGAGCAAAUGCUUUUCCUGCCGGUCUGCAGCAGAACGGGACAAAUGGAUGGAGAAUCUGCGACGAGCCGUGCACCCGAACAAGGACAACAGUCGGCGAGUGGAGAACAUGCUCCAGCUGUGGAUUAUCGAAGCCAAAGAACUGCCCGCAAAGAAGCGUUACCUGUGCGAACUCUGCCUGGACGAGGCGCUCUACGCCCGCACCACCUGCAAGCUGAAAACGGACAAUGUCUUCUGGGGGGAGCACUUUGAGUUCAACAACCUCCCGCCCCUGCGGAGUAUCGCCGUCCACUUGUACAAGGAGACGGACAAGAAGAAGAAGAAAGACAAGACCAACUUCAUCGGGCUGGUCAGCAUCCCGGCCGGCUCCGUCACGGGGCGCCAGUUCGUGGAGAAGUGGUACCCGGUCGUGACGCCCAACCCCAGCAAGGGCAAAUCCGGGGGGCCCAUGAUCCGCAUCAAGUCGCGCUACCAGAGCAUGAGCGUGCUCCCCAUGGAAACGUACAAGGAGUUUGCAGAGUACGUCACCAACAACUACAUGGUUCUCUGCUCCGUGUUGGAGCCGCUGCUCAGCGUCAAGAACAAGGAGGAGAUGGCCUCGGCCUUGGUCCACAUCCUGCAGAGCACGGGGAAAGCCAAGGACUUCCUGACGGACCUCAUGAUGUCCGAAGUCGACCGCUGCGGGGAGAACGAGCACCUGAUCUUCCGAGAAAACACACUGGCCACCAAAGCCAUUGAGGAGUACCUGAAGCUGGUGGGCCAGAAGUACCUGCAGGACGCCUUAGGAGAGUUCAUCAAGGCGCUGUACGAAUCGGACGAAAACUGCGAGGUGGAUCCCAGCAAGUGUUCCUCCUCAGAUCUCCUGGAGCACCAGAGCAACCUGAAGAUGUGCUGCGAACUGGCCUUUUGCAAGAUCAUUAACUCGUACUGCGUCUUCCCCCGGGAGCUGAAGGAGGUCUUUGCCUCGUGGCGCCAAGAGUGCAGCAGCCGCGGCCGGCCGGACAUCAGCGAGCGGCUGAUCAGCGCCUCCCUCUUCCUCCGCUUCCUCUGCCCGGCCAUCAUGUCGCCCUCCCUCUUCAACCUGCUCCAGGAGUAUCCGGAUGACCGCACUGCCCGGACUCUGACCCUCAUCGCCAAGGUCACCCAAAACCUGGCCAAUUUUGCCAAGUUUGGGAGCAAGGAAGAGUACAUGUACUUCAUGAACCAGUUUCUGGAGCACGAAUGGACGAACAUGCAGCGCUUCCUCCUGGAGAUCUCCAACCCGGAGACCCUCUCUAACACGGCCGGCUUCGAGGGCUACAUCGACCUGGGCCGGGAGCUGGCCACUCUGCAUUCCCUGCUCUGGGAGGUGGUGGCACAGCUGGAUCAGAACACGGCCACCAAGCUGGGUCCCUUGUCGCGCCUCCUCAGGGACGUCAACGCCGCUCUGAGCAACCCGUCCUGCGUGCAGGUCUCGGUCACGAGCGACCCGGCCGCCUCCACCCCAAAUGCUGGCAACGGCAUCUCUGUGGGGCUCCAGAAGAUGGUCCUUGAGAGCGACCUGUCUGGUCUGAUAGAUUUCACACGGUUACCGUCUCCAACCCCUGAAAACAAGGACUUGUUUUUUGUCACAAGGUCUGUGGGGGCUCAGCCGUCGCCCGCCCGGAGCUCCAGCUACUCGGAGGCCAAUGAGCCCGACGUCCAGAUGGCCAAUGGCAGCAAGAGCCUCUCCAUGGUGGACUUGCAGGACAAUCGUCUUUUGGAUGGCGGGGGCGGCGGGCUGGGAGCUGCCGAAGCGCUCCCCGAGAGCCACCCCUCCGCCGGGCAGGCCUGGGGCACACGGACUCAACAGAGUGGCGCAACGGGCACUGCCACCGUGCGCCGCUCCGCACAGACGCCCACCACCCCCAAUGCCGAGAACGCCCCUGGCCGGCCACAGCUGCUGGCCCCCCUCUCCUUCCAGAACCCCGUCUACCAGAUGGCGGCCGGCUUGCCGCUCUCCCCCCGGGGACUGGCUGACUCGGGCUCCGAGGGCCACAGCUCGCUCAGCUCCCACAGCAACAGCGAAGAUUUGGCGGCGGCCACCAAGCACGGGUUCGGCAACCCCAGCGUCCCGGAGGACUUUGCCCGGCGUGCCGGAGAACUGGCCCGCCGGCAGCUCUCGGUCACCGAGAAGGGUGGGCAGCCGACAAUGCCCCGGCAGAACAGCGGCGGCCCCCAGCGGCGGAUAGACCAGCCCCCGCCCCCGCCCCCCCCCCCGCCCAUCACUCGGGGCAGGACCCCUCCUUCCUUGCUGAGCACCUUGCAGUACCCCCGGCCGGCCAGCGGGGGCCUGCUUUCCUCCUCGCCCGACUGGCCGGGCAGUGGUGCCCGCCUGCGCCAGCAGUCCUCCUCUUCUAAGGGAGACAGCCCCGAAAUGAAACAGCGCACCAUGCACAAGCAGGCCCCUUCUCCGGUGAACCCCAAUGCGCUGGACCGCACGGCCGCCUGGCUCUUGAACAUGAAUGUGCAGUUUCUGGAAGAGGAAAAUGCCGAGCCGGAAUGCAAGCUCAGGAGUAAAGACGAGCUCAGCCAAGAGGAAAAGUUUCAGCAAGACGUGGCAGUGCUGCAGGACAAGCUGCGCCAAUCUGCCAAGAAGCUGGAGGAGUACGAAGUGCGCUUCCGGUGCCAGGAGGAGGGCACGCAGAAGCUGGCGCUGGAGUACCAAGCCCGGCUGGAGGAGAGCGAGGAACGGCUGCGGAGGCAGCAAGAAGACAAGGAAAUACAGAUGAAGGGCAUCAUCAGCAGGCUGAUGUCGGUGGAGGAGGAGCUCAAGAAGGAUCACGCGGAAAUGCAGGCGGCUGUGGACUCCAAGCAGAAGAUCAUCGAUGCGCAGGAGAAACGCAUCGCCUCCUUGGACGCGGCCAACGCCCGGCUCAUGAGCGCCCUCACGCAGCUGAAAGAGAGGUACAGCACGCAAACCCGCAAUGGGAUCUCCCCCACCAACCCGACUAAAUUGCAGAUCACCGAGAGCGGUGAAUUCCGGAACAGCAGCAGCUGUUAACCCAGGGACCGGUUGCUGCGGGCGUGCAAGAGCGAGAGGAGAGCCAAGUCGAGCGCCCAGGAGGGGUGAGCUACCUGGCACGGGCCUGGCACUCCCCUGGUCCGCCUCCUCCAGCGGGCAAAGCCAAAUGGACCUCCCCCCGAGCCCUCCUCGCCAGCGGCCCCUGGCCCAGAGAUGGCGCUGGUUGCACAGGAGCCUCCAACCGAGCAGGAGUGAAGCCAGUUGUCCAAAGAAGAUGCUUCAGCAGCAAAGCCGGGGCACUUCCAGGAAUGCGGAGAGACUUCUGACGCGCCCAGCAUCCUGUUUCAGCAAGUUCUCCCUGAUCCGUCACACCUGGCACUGCCACCACCUUGGAAUUUGCCCUGCUGGGCGCUGCCACAUCCCACUGAGUGCUCGUACGGUGCCAGGGGCCUCGUCCCCCUUCGUCCGGGGCAUGGCACCUCCUCCCAGCCCCAACAGACCUCAUCAGGGAACGGAGGAGGAACUGGGGCAGCUCAGGGGCUCCAUCAUGGGCAGAAGGAGUCUCUGCAGAGGUGUUAGAUGCGUCUCUGUGUGAAUCCCUGAAGAAUGACCGCCAGCCAGAAAACCUCAACCCCAGCCAGAAAGUUCAAGCUCCGUUUAAAGAUGUUCCUCUCUCUCUCUCGGUUUAAGUUUGCAGAGUUAAUUUGAGGGGGUCAACUUUUAUCAGCACGGAUCCCCUCUUCCAGCACUUAGCCCCCCCCUCUCCAAGCAUUUCUGCCCCCAGGGCUGGAGACAAAGCCAAAAAUAAAGGGCAAAGGGCAGAAGGAAGCAUCAGUUCGGUGCAGCCAGGAGAGGAGUGAAGCUGACUAUCUUGCAUCUAGGCACAGGUUUCGCAUGCCGUACGCUGCAAAUGCAAUGAAUUAGCUCAGCGGCAGAAGGCCUGUUUGGCUCACCCUCAGGCUGGCGAGACCCAAACAAGUUUGAAAAGGCAGUGAAAGCUGCGGAAGGCCCCUCCCCCUUGCCCAGCCCUGCCCAAGCAGCAAAAGCAAGAAGCCACCGGAUGCGCUCCUGGGGCAUUUCGGAGGUCCUGACAUCCCAGGGAAGAACAGUCGUGGCCACAACCUCUGGCCGAAGGGCUCUUUUGCUGUGCCAAACAAUAACAGUGAAAAAAAAAAUCAGCUUCUUGCCACUGAACGAAACUCUAAAGCCCAAGAAACAAACCCACACCAGGGCACGGUGCAAUAGUGUGUCGGGGCAUAUACCAAGGCAGUCAAAUCUCUGGCGGGGUUUGCAAAAGGAAAAAACCAGCCGCUUUGCCAGCCUGGGCCUCCGGGGAGGGGUGUUGGGGUAACGGCUCCCCCCUCAAUUUCCUAGCACCAAGGGAGCUGCCGUCCCACAGAUGGGGAGGGCCCCCCUUUCUAGAAAGCUGCUCACAAAGGGGGGGGGGUGUCUGCUUGGCGGGGCCUCUCGCAUCCCAAGAGGGCUCCAACUGGCCAGGGAGGGGCCGCCCUGCUUAGCAGCCCUGUUUCUCCAGCAACGUGUAUGGCAGGUCCCUGCAUGAUGGUUGCCGGAGAAGCACCAGAGGACGAAAAAUAACAGCCUCCCUCGCGUAUGAAGGCCGGUAACUCCCUCUCUUUUUUCUUCCACAGUCUGCGUUAGGAAUAAAACAGCCCAAAGCCCAAAGCAGACCUUUCUGGAGUCCUCUCCUCUUUUCAGGGGGUGUGGGUGCUGCGUGGGAAGCUUGCCACCUCGACGAGGCCACACAAAAGAGAGUAAACGAGCAAGGACGCGCCCUCUGAAAAGUGCCACCCCCUCCCCUAAUCUGAACCGCUGGGCAGCCCUAGCCGGGCUGGGGGGCCCGUCUUGGCAGCGCGGUCCGUUGUGAGACGGGGUGCGCGAGGUGUGUAGGAGGCAGCAGCCACGGAGGAAGGCGAAAGAAGCCAGACGUUGAAUCCCUCUUGCUCCAAACGCUUCUCCGCCGCCAUCCGGCUCGGCUGCGUGCAAACUCCGGCCCCGGGCCCUUCCCCAGAAGACCCGAAGUUUAAUACUGACAACACCCCCCACCUGGGCCCGAACAUUCGCAGACAAUCAUGCUGCUUUUCUGCACCCCGCUUUCUCUCUCUCUCUGUCUCUGUCUCUCUGGGACGAAGGAACCAAUGCAUAAAGAUCAGUGGCACCACUGGACACCUCCAAAUAGCCGUUUCUUGCCCCCCCCCCCAAUUCCCCAGGUGGCCAUUUAUAAGGUGGGUGCCCAUCACCAAGAAGGGCGCAUGCAAAACGGAGCACAGAUUUCCUAGGGCAUGGUGCCCAGGCAGGGUCUUAGGCAGCCUGGGCAAAGCGGCAGGGGACUGGGCACCUUUCCUUGCCAACCACUCCCUGGGGUCUUAAGGGGCCUUGCCAUCCCACAGCCAAUCAUCCAAAGCCCUUCCCAGCCAGCCAUACCUUAAGUAAGGGGGCACUUUCCACUGCCCUAUCCUAUUGGCCCUGCUGGGGGCUUUCCAGGGCGCUGGGAACAUUUGCCAAAUGCCAUGUCACAGAAGCUGGAACCUGCCCCCCAGGAAGCCCUCUCGCCUCGCCCACCAGGGGCCUAAGAUGCCAGGAGGGACCCCCUCUGCCAUCCGGGGUUCAGUCCAGCUUCCGGUGCCUCACUUCCUCACCCCUCAAGCCUGGGCAGGUGGGAGGGCACCCCAGCUCCGUUCCCCCCAUGGGAAGAGAGGCCUUUCCUUCCCCCUUUUCUCUGUUCUUGAACUUUCUGCCAUAUGAACUUGUUACGAUCUGUAAGGUUUUCUUUUUUACAACUAACCCUUAUAUAAUACACUGAUCUUUAGAAGUUGUACAGGUCCUCUUUGUAAAAUGGAGAAAGAUGUUUUCAAGUAUCGAAUAUAAUGUGCCAUUUUUUUAUUUUAUUUUAUUUUAUUUUUUGCCUGACAAUACAAAAACGGCUGCUUUGAUUUAGGGGAGCCCAGCACAGUGUUACAGCCACGCGGGGGGGAAAACGGGGCUGGCUCUGUCCAAACUCACCCUUUGAAAACCCAAAUAUGGAUGUUUCCACUUGGUUCUGGUGGCCCAAUCCCUUCUGCUGGUUUUGGAAGUGAGCUUUGUGGUUCCUACUAAAUUUGGAGGAAGAAAAGGUGGAUACCAAAAAGGCAAAGGUGCAUUUUUUCCAAAUUUGACACUUGGGCCCAAGCCAGCUUCGUGGAAACAGCACUGAGGUCCUGAGGGCUGAAUCGAAGACCCUGUGGGGGUGGGGCACUACACAACUGUUCUGCACCACUUGGCAUACUAUGCCACAAGGGUCUGCGUGGCUUUGGCACGUGAGGGGAUGCAGGGAUUGGGCCCCCAUCCGGAAGAUAGGAGAUAAAAGGCUUCACCAAAAGCCCCAGGGUGGGUGGUCUAUUGGGGAAGGGCAGUGAUUUUUCCACCAAACGGGACUCCCUGAGGUUGCUUUGUGGUUUGGCAUCCACUAUGUGAAAAAAAUAUAUAUAUAUCUCCAUGUGGUCUCCUUUCCCUUUUCCCUCCUGGACAGCAGCACUGUAUCUUCAGAUAUACCUCUCUGGCGCCCACAAGCGUCCCUCUUGCUCCCUGUUCAAACCAGUCUCCGUGUUUUAUAGCCUCUUCUAAAAGAAACCAAGCAAAAAAAAAAUGACAAUAAUAAUAAUUUUUGUAAGUAUGUUUAAUAAAAUAAUAAUAACGAAUAAUAAUAAUAAUAAUAAUAUGAAGCCGAGCGGCAGGACUUGCUGAGUUGUUUCCUUCAGUUUUGCGUCCGAAUAAUGUACAGAGAACGUAGUUUGUGUCCAGAGCAAAGAACCAUGACGUGUGCGUGCCAUUUAUGUACAUUUGCAAUUAGAAAAAAUAUUAAAGAUUUAUUUAGCUAUUUUA